AAGGAUGUAAAAUGUAAAGCGGCCACAGCAGCAGCAGCAGCGAGCUGUGAGCUGCAUCGCGGCUCGAGCCCACCACGACCACGGAACCCACGGAACCAUGUGGAUGAUGACGAUGAUGGGGAGGAGGGGGAGGAUGCUGCUCUUCAUCGUUUACACUUUCCUAUGCGCUUGUGGAGAUUGCCUUUUUGUGACUGAAUACUUCACCCGGACGCCUCGUAAACUCAGUGCUUUUAACUCCUUCGCGAGUGUGGAGUUGUUCCACUUCAAUGUGCCUGAGGACACCCUGAUGGCCGUCUGGAACCUCAUUACCUUCAAGGAACAAGGGGGCACCUUUGGGGACAGCUGCCCCGAUCGCAACGUGACCGUAUACUUCAGGUCUGGCGCUCCACCGGUAAUUAACCCCCUGAACACUCACUUCCCUCGGGAUACGGUCAUCCCAGGAUCCUUCGCCGUCACUCUGACCUGGACCCUUCCGAAACGCAACACGGGGGCGUUCAACGUGACCAGCCCGCUCCCCGGGGACUGGUUCUUGGCUGCACAUUUACCCAAGGAUGAAGGAAAGAUCUCAGUCAAGGGUCUGUCUGAGGAAUGCCAGUACCUGUUCCAGCCUCAGCUCAUCGUCCAGAGGCUGAUUGGGAUCUCGCUGCUCUACCCGGGCUACUUCAUAGACCAGAUGAUCCCCGCACACAACAGAUCUGCUCUUUAUAAAGUGUUCGUUCCCAAUUACGUAUCCAAAGUCAGAGUUGAGCUGGUGAACUGCGGCAUGAAGGACACAAGCAACGACACUUCUUGUCCCGUGGUGUUGAAGAUGCGAGCGCGGGCGCCGCCUGUGCACAACUCAAGUGCCCUCGACUGCAGGGAGUGGAACCCAUGUGAGUUGGAUGCCUCCGUGCCGGUGUGGGAACAAUGGUACUACAUCCUGGUGGAGAGAUACAACGCCAACUCCAACGUUUACUUUCGCAUCGGAGUGCAGGUCACAGACUGCACCAAGUCCAACACGUCCAAGGAGCAGUCGGAGGCGCCAGGCUCCUCCAUGAACAUGCCACAGUCUUUUGGCACGGCCAUGGCGUUCUCCUUGUCUGACACCCUCUCCAUGGUGGCGCCGUCCCACAACGCCACUCAGCUGCACACCUCAGGGGACAGCGUGGUGUACCUGGCCCCGCCCACCGACACUGACAAGUGCUGGCCUAUCCGCCCGACUCUGCGCAAUGAGCUGGACACCUUCUCCGUGCACUUUUACGUCUUCUUUGGUCCAAAUAUAUCCGUGCCGCCCGACAAGGCGGCCGUGUUCGCCAUCAACUUGAUGCCCGCCUUGGACAGUGGUGGCAUUCUCAACAUGGAGCUGAAACUCAACAUGUCGACGCUGAAAGACAAGAACGUCACCGUUUUUGGCUGCCUGACUCACGGGAUUCCGCUCUUCCUCUGGCAGAACUCGUCAUCGAAAUGUGAAUCAGAGUCUGUUGCCGGGUUUUUCCUCUCUGUGAACACUUCUACCAACAUCACCAAACUCAGGAUUCCUUACCCACAAACGGGCACCUGGUACCUCAGUCUGCGCUCAAUGUGUCCCACAAAACACGGUUUGGAGGCGUGCGCCAACAUCACUGCGGAGGUGUACAUGCGCGCGUACCUGACUCCAUGCAUCAACGACUGUGGCACGUACGGACAGUGCAAGCUGCUGCGCACCAACAACUACCUGUAUGCUGCCUGUGAAUGCAAAGCAGGCUGGGAAGGCUGGGGAUGCACAGACAACUCUGAGGCCUACUCCUACAGCUUCCAGCUGCUCUCCACCCUCCUGCUGUGUCUCAGCAACCUCAUGUUCGUGCCGCCUGUGGUCAUCGCCGUGCGCAGCCACUACCUGCUGGAGGCCUCCGUCUACAUCUUCACCAUGUUCUUCUCCACCUUCUACCACGCGUGCGACCAGCCGGGCAUCGUGGUCUUUUGCAUCAUGGAGUACGACGUCCUGCAGUUUUGCGACUUCCUGGGCUCGCUCAUGUCCGUGUGGGUCACCGUCAUCGCCAUGGCCAGGCUCAAGUCCAUCAUCAAACAGGUGCUUUAUUUGCUGGGGGCCAUGUCCCUUUCCAUGGCUUUGCAGCUGGACCGUCACGGUCUGUGGAACCUACUGGGACCGAGUCUCUUUGCCCUGGGCAUCAUGGCAGUGGCUUGGACGGUGCGCACUGUCCGCCGACGGCGAUGCUACCCGCCCACCUGGAAGCGCUGGGCCUUCUUCCUCUUCCCGGGCGCGGCCAUCGCCACAUCGGCAGUGGCGCUCUACGCCUUCGUGGAGACGGAGGAGAACUACUUCUACAUCCACAGCAUCUGGCACAUGCUGAUCGCCGGCAGCGUUGGUUUCCUGCUGCCGCCUCGCGCCAAGCCCGACGCCAAGGUGACGCCGCUGAAGCGCCGGCGAGGCUGUGGCUACCAGCUGUGCGUCAACGAGCACGAGGAACUGGGCCUGGUGGACCCGGCCAUCAUCACCAUAAACAGCAUCUGCACCAGCUGAUAUACUCCGCCCCCUCACACUCACUCCUGUUACCUUACUGAUACUCCAUUGCCUUCUUUUACUCGGACGUUCACUCACGGGAAGACAAGCCACGCAACUUGAACAACACUUUGAUAUCCUUUUCUCCCCGUCAAGCCACGCCCCUCCCCGCUGUUUGACUGGCGUCCACAAAGAUUUACGUUGCGCUGAGGUUAAAGGUUACUUUAGGACGCACGCUGAUGUUCUGGAAAAGUGGGCUUGAGUGAAAAACUGGCCCUUUGAUUGAAGUCCGUCAUUACGCGCAGCAAGCCUGAAAUGUGGCGCUUUCCUGGCAAAUCUCCCAUCUUCCGACACACACGUCCUGGUAUCGAGGCACACAGUAUCACUCUGCAUCGGUGCUCCAGUAUCAUUUGACCCUUCACCACUUAUCACUUCUGAUGUCAGGUCAAAGUUCACGCCGAGAACCCUGCUGUUUUCAGAGGUAACUGACAGAGGUGGCUGGGGUCAAAGGUCAGAUGAAAACCUCUUCCAGGCUUACACGAUACAGCAAGAAGACUAUUGUUUUUGUUAUGUGUUUUUUGUUACUAGAACACUGACAGCAAUGACAGAGGCAGCUAAGUUCAAAGGUCAAGUCAGUGCAACUCUUGUUUCCAUCUCUUUUUUUUUUUUAAGUCUUUCAGGGAUAAUUUUUCUACGCCAGUCCUAUUGGUUUUGAAUCUGAUAUUUUUUAUUGUAUUAGUAUUACUUUAUA